GUACACAACGAGGACACCUUCCACGUUUCGAGCAUUUUUAUGGAAAUGCUAAAACAUCUUAAGAUUUUUUGCUUGGCGAUUUGAUUCAUGAUUUCAAGUUUUAUUUAUUUAUUAUUUUAGAUCGUUGUAAUUCUGAUUAGUUAGCUUUAUUUUAGGGAAGGAAUCCCGCGCCGUUUUCCAGGGAGGAGGUGAAUGACAUGUCAAGGCAGAGAUCGUGUUCUCCAAAUUGCAGAGUUCCGUGGGAAGAACCUGGUUUUGAUCCUCAUAAGAUUGUAGCUCACCUGGAGAAGAUGUCUACGGGCCGAGAAGAAGCAGAUUAUCGGAGAAGGGAGGAAUUUUCGGAAAGAAGACACCCUGACUACCAUCAACACAAGCGGCAUUCAGAAGAAAACUAUAAUAGAAGAAGACCAUCACCUUAUCAUGAACCAGCACAGUUUGAAGGACGAGGAGAUGGGCCAAAGCGCAGGGAGACGUAUAGAGAAAACACGGGACGAUAUGAAGAUAGGAGAGGACCACCACAGCACAAGCAAAAUUAUGCACAGAGAGACCCUGGGUGGAGGCGAGACCAGAGUGAAAGCGAGUUCAGGGAAAGGUAUAGGGACAGGAGCCCGAUAAGACGAGAGGGAAACCAGCAGAGAGGGAGAGGCAGAGGGCAACAGAGGAGGAAAAUUCCCAUCCACACAGACACCUGGACCCCAGGCCAAGAUAACCCAGAGUUAAACAGGAGCAGGGAAAUGGAUGGCUCCCCUCAAUUUGGGUACGGGUGGGAGAAGCCACGUGAGCAGCGCUUCUCUGCGGACGAUCGCAGAGAUGGGUUUGACAGAAAGGGGCCUCUCGAGUUUAAGCAAAACCGAAAUGAUCCAAUAAUGGAUCCAAUGAAAGACAGACCUCCUCCACGACGGGACCAGUACAGCCACAGCAGAGAGCGAGACUUUACCUCGAGACCCAGGAGCUCCAGGUCUAUGAGCAGAGAAGAACUGAGGGGCGACCAUUUUGAGGAAAACCACAGUAAUGACGGUUACCGUGAACCAAGGACGAGUCCAAUCGCUCAUGAAAGACCUACUACCUUUGCUCAGUACACGGACAGACCAACGAACAGAGGAAGGCCCGGUCAUAGAGGCAGAGGGUUUAAUCGAAGAGGUGGUUUUAACCGCAGAGGGAGAGGAAGAGGAGCACAUGGCAACCGUCCACAGCAACAAGGAGACCACCAAAAUGCUCCCAACGAAACACAAAGAGGUCAAUUCAUGGAGGAGGAGUUUUAUGACGAGCCCGAGCCUGCCUGGGAAGAAGCAGAACCAGACCAGGAAUGGAGAGAUGAUAGACGGAGCGCUGAAGGACGAAGAGGGGGAGAUGGAGGAGAGAGGUCGAAUUUUCAGAGGCAAGAACCUGAAAUGCAGCAGCGUCCGCGAGAGCUACGAGGACACAGCGAACCCAAACCCAACAUGAUGGUCAUAACGGAGGAGACUCUGACCAUCAAAGUGGACAUGAGUCGCCCGGUGAACAAGAACAGUGCGAUGCUGUACUCCGCGGACAGGCAGCUCUCUCUGGACCUGGUGCACGUCGGGAGGCAGAGGCUGGACUUCCUCACCACCUCCGAGAGCUCGAGGGCAAACCGAGAAAACGCCAUCCAGCAGACGGGCACCUUCGCUCAAGAGAUCAUCACGCUCACCCAUCUGGUGAAAGAUUUGUAUUUCGGGGGCGAGGGUAUCACCCUGAACGAACGAUUCUCUGCUCCUCAAAAAGUCGAAUAUGAUGAAGAAGAGCCGCACGAGAUGACCCUGAGCGAGAGAUUCGGCUCAAACCGCAGGUUAAAUUCCAGCUCGCACCUGGACAGCGAUGACCAACUUUUCAUGAGGCAGGGCCCCCUUCAGCUGCUGGGGUCUCCGAUGGUGCGUGACCCAGAUGAUCUCCGGCAUGACCUGGAGAAGAGACGACAGGAGCGGCUCGAGGGGGUAAAGGUCACCAUCGCGGGGCAGAAUCAGCCACAGCGCCCCCCAAUGGCCUCCCCAAUGCACAACAGUGAGCAGACGUACGGCCAUGACGAAGAGCUCCUGGAGGAAGCAGAGUUUUCAAACUGGUCUGAGGAGCCCCAGAGGAGACAGGAAGGAACAAUGGGUCCGAGGAGAGGGGGGCCUUUCCGCUCAAACGGUCCUUUUCGUAGAAACAACCGACAAAUGAGGCGACCAAACUACCGCAACAACAACGGAGGUCCAAACUGGUGACCGCUCAGAGGUAUUUCUUUUAGGAAAAUAUUGGAAUUCGACUAAUUUCAGCUUCGAAAUGUGACAGUAAACCACUGUCAACUGUAUUUGUAUACUUUGAGUUUAAUUUUUCAUUUUUGUUUGUGCUGCACAUUUCUCACAAUAAAGAGACUUUUGUGUUCAGAA